AUGGAGCCUCAGGAGCCAGAGCCUGAGUUCCAGGAGUUUUACCACCAAUUACUGAAUCCGCUGUCGAUCGUCCCCCGCAGAGCGGAGUCCCCGAAGCCUCAGCGGCGCCGCCCGGAGGAGGCAGAGCAGGCUUUUCCGCUCGCCAAGGUGCAAGCGGCCCACCUUUGCAGCCAGGUGUCCAAACUGCUGGCGGGCAGCGGGCUGGCGGCGCGGGUGUCUCCCAGCUACCGACUCCGCCUGGCCGAGGUGAUCGUGGGCGAGCUCCGAUGCAGCUGGCGGGAGCCUCCCGCCGAGCCGAAGCUCAGCUACCGGAAUUACGUGAAGCUGCAGCGCCGGCUGGAGUCCUACGUCCUGCUCUGCAGCGAGCAACUCUUCCUACGCUAUCUGCACCUGCUGGUGACCAUGCCCAACUCCAAAGGGAUCUUCACCGAGUCAGCCAUCCUCUCCCGGCUAGUUGCCAACCUGGCCAGGGACUGCACGGUCUUCCUCACCAGUCCCGCCGUCUACCGGUGCUUGCUCAAGGAUUUCUUGGCCCUGCUAAACCUACAGCCGACCCCAGCAGUCUUGGCCAAGCUGCGCCCCGUCUGCCCCUCCGGGUCUUUCAAGCUCUGCCCCAUCCCCUGGCCUCACAGUACCGGCUUCGCCCAAGUGCCAUGCUCUCGUCUCAACCUGAACUACCUCGUCCAACUCAGCCGCCCGCCAGAGUUUCUCAGUGAACCCCCACCCGAUCCCGUGAAUGAGUUGAAGGCUCUCAUCAGAUUGAAGUGGAGAAAGCCUCUUCGCUGGCUGUCCAUUGUAAAAUACAGGAAAGCAACCGCAACCGACUCCCAGCCCUCCAAAACGAUGCCAUCGCUUACCGAUUCCGGGACUCUCAUCAGUGCCGCUCCCCGUCUCUACUCCCAGCCUCGGAGAAGCCGGUCCAUGCCCUCUCUUCGUGAGGGUUGGAAGCUGGAAGAUGAGUUGGGCCUUCCUCCACCCCCCACCCGCCCCUUAACCCCACUGAUCUUGGCUGCAAAAAGCAAACAAGAGCUGGCUGCAGACAUUGCGGCUAAGGAUCUGAGGCAGAAAGUAAAGAAGAUGACCUUGGAGUGGCCUCACCGCCCACCUCCUGAUUCUGGCCUGCCUCCACUCUUGGGAGUGGUGACUCGCAGACAAGCUGCAAGCCAGCACCUGGAGGAGCUGCAGAGAACAUUGAAGAGCCUCCAAGAGGAAGAAGCCUCUGGGCAGUGGUACUUCCAGAUCCCUAAACGCCCUCCACUUCAACCACAGCCAGUGACCAUUGCUUUGAAGCUAAGAAAUCAGAUGGUGGUCCAAACAGCUACUGUGAGGGUCUCUGAAAGAUACUUUCUGGACACUUUUCAUGUCCAGGGGGCUGGGGUCCUGUACAAUCACCUGGCUGGUGAACUGGACUCUAAAGUCAUCGAAGAAAUGGAUGUUGAUCGCUUUGUCGGUGGUAGCACCAAGGAGGUCUACGAAGAAUUAAUGAGCCGCGUUUCUACUGACCACUUCCGUUUUGACCAAGGACCCCUGGUUGAGCCUGCUGCUGAUAAAGACUGGUCAAGCUUGCUCUCCUCAGCUACUUUACACAAAGAAAAACAAUUUCGAAUCAUCAACCCUAAUUUGGCUGGGUUUUACUCUCGGAAAACCAGAUCUCAACACUCCAGUCUUGAGGCAACAUCUUCUCUCACACUAGCCUAUACAGGCAAAAACUUGGAUGCCACCAAGUCCUCCUUUCUAAACUUAUUGAGAAACUUUGUAUCUGUAAGUGACUACUUCAAGUACCUUAGGAACCAGGAAUCAGAUUACCUCCACACCAUUUUCCAAAUGUAUGAAGAAGAUGUACCUGUGGUGGUACAGGUCCCUGUCAAAGAGUCCGUCGAGAUUCCCCAUCCUCCUCCCUUGCUAGAAGAUGAAGAACCAGACUUCGUGCCAGGAGAGUGGGAUUGGCACACAGUGCUGGAGCAUAGUCAAGAAAUCAGGAAAGUCUCUAUCGUGAGCCUGCAGAAGCGUCUGGAACAACUGUGGUCCUUAUAUGAGGUCCCUGAAAAGGCCCAGCUGGACAUGAUCAUCAAGUACAGCUCCAAUGCCCGUCUGCAGCAGCUGCCAGUUUUGCUGAAGGCCUGGGAGCAGGCCCUGAAGCCCAUUCAGGCCCGGGAGCUAUUGCUGGGGAAACUGGAGUGGUUUGAGCGGCAAGCCUCGGACCCAAACCGCUUCUUCCGAAAGACUGGCUUGGAUAUUGGUCGCCUCCUAGAGGAGAAUGAACUGCGCAGCUAUCUCCACAGAAAGCUCAAUUUAAUAGAGGCUCCUUUGGUUUCCCUCCUGCAGGAGAUUGAGGCAAUCUUUGGAGAGCCUUUGACUUUCAGGGGGCGUCGCUACCUGGAUAAGAUGAGGCAGGACAAAGUGGAAAUGCUUUACUGGCUCCAGCAGCAGCGUCGGAUCCGCCGCCUGAUCCAGACCCAGAAGACUGCUCAGCACUCAUCCCUGUUCAAUAAGCACAGCAGCCUGCCUUUAAUAACUCCCGGGAAUACUCCCCUACCCACUACCCUGCCCACUACCAGGCCAAACACCUCCACUUCCUUCCCCAGCCCCAAACACUCAACAGCUUCUCAAGAUUCCUGA